CCAGUAUGCGGAAACUGCAGCAGGAACCACCCACGCCGGUCAGCUCAGUGAUGCAGCCCGGCCUCCUACAGAGCUAGUUAGUAGAUCUGCCCGGCUGUCACUGUGUGUUACCCGAGUCUGGGAGCUUUACUGGACCAUCUCUCCUGCUCUGAUUCCUUACUGCAGAUUGAAAUGCUGCUCAACGAGACUCCACUGUUUGAGCCCUCACUGCUUCAGGAGCUGGACUGGAGCAGCAACACUGUCUCAUUCUCUCCCCCAAUUUCCCCGUCCAAUCCAGGGGAAGGCCUGAUGCUCAGGCCACUUUGUACGGCAGACUUCAACAGGGGAUUCUUCAAGGUUUUAUCUCAACUCACUCAGACGGGCGAUGUCACACCUGAGCAGUUCACAAAGAAGUUUGAGCAUAUGAAGAAGACAGGAGACUACUACAUAGUUGUGGUGGAGGACACAAACCUGGGACAGAUUGUUGCCACGGCCACAUUGGUCACAGAACACAAAUUCAUCCACUCCUGUGCUAAGAGAGGCCGGGUGGAGGAGGUAGUAGUUAGUGAUGUGUGCAGAGGCAAGCAGCUGGGCAAACUGUUAGUUUCAGCUCUCACUCUUCUCAGCAAAAAACUGAAUUGCUACAAAAUCACACUGGAAUGCGCACCGAACAAUGUGGCUUUCUACCAAAAGUUUGGAUACACUUCCUCACACGAGACUUACAUGCAGUGUCGAUUUUCCGACUGAGGACAACGGCGGCUUUAAAGCUUCAUUUUCCGGGGGCAUGAACCACACCUUUAUACACCCACCGACAUCAAAACUUGCAUUGACAAAUUGUCUUAAGAAAUUGGGAGAGCUGCCCAAGAAUGAGGUUGUGAGCUGUUCUUGAAUGCUCAUCCUGAAUUUCAAUACACUUGAGUAAACAUAAAUGUAUGUUGAAGCCUUUAGCUCAGUCCAAUAUGAACCUCCUCCCCUUUGGUUACCAUGGCUACCUCACCAAUGUGGAGCUCUGUCAUCUUUCCCCACCGUCCGACAAAAGAAAUGCCAGUUAUUGUUAAUGUAAUAUCUUAUUGUGUUACAUUACUAGUAACUAAAUUGCUUUGUAAUAAAUACGAUUUGCGACUAACCUGCAACUGUCAGUAAAUACAAUUGCUUGGGAAAAAUCUAGAUAUUACCAAAUUAAAUUAUAUUUCUGUAGCAGCUGAAUAACUGAUUAUUAACUACGGCACUACAUAUGCGAGUAUGCUGUAGUGAAUUAAUUUCAGUCAUGAUUCAAACUUGUCUCACAGGUUUGUUGCAUUAAUCAUCAAGGAAAGUUCACCAAAGAAAAGCAGUUUUGUUUAAAUGUGGAUAGUCAUUACUUUGGGUUUUACUAUGGUUUCAUCUUUCUACUAUAUUCUAUUUGGUCCAAAGUGCUCUACAUCUCAGUAUUGCUUUAGUUUUGCUGGAUUACUAUAAUGAAGGUUUUAAUACUACGGAAUGAAGAAUUACUAUCAAGACUGUAAUAAUGUAUAAUAUUUGUAGCGAACAAAAAACGUUCAUUUUAUGUGAGGCUGAGGUGAACAAAAGAGUACGUUUUGUAUUGGGUCGAUAUUUGAAAUUUGAUCACGCUGUGAUAAGGAUUGAAGCAUUUUGUGAUGGGGAAAUGGAUAAAAAUUAUUUUGUAUUAUGCAUUUAUAAUGUUAUUCUGGAGAACAGGGAACAUAUUUAAUGUAAUUUAUUUCCAAAUAUGUAAGACACAUUAAAUAUCCUACA